CUUUGCUGUUACUUCGUACCCUACGGAGCCAUUCAUGUGUGACUCCAUGAUGGCGGCUCUGAUAGAAACACAUGUGCAGUUGUCUGCAGACGAUGCAGAGCCUCAGUCUGAGGACAACGAUGACCAGAGUGAUCCUGACGGAGACAGCAAUGACGAAAGGUCAGAUGAUGAUGCGAGCGAUGGAGGAGAAAACGACAGAGACAGUGAAGGAGGAAGUGAUGGGGAGGAGGCAGAGGAUGAAGAUGGAGGAGCGGAUGAGGAGGGAGAUGACGGCAACGCCAAUGCUGGGUGGGCUGAGGCCAUGGCAAAGAUCCUGGGGAAGAAAACCCCUGAGAGCAAAAAUAGCAUCCUGGUGAAGAACAAAGAGCUGGACAAGCAGAAGGAGAAAGAAAGACAGGAACAGCUGGAGAGAAAGAAACAGGUCGACAAGAAGCGAGCGUGGGAGAUGAUGUGUCGGGAGAAACCUGACAUUGUAAAGGACCGCGAGGCUGAAAGAGCUCUGCAGAGAAUUGCUACCAGAGGGGUGGUGCAGCUUUUCAACGCUGUGAGGAAACACCAGAAGACUAUCGAUAACAAGGUGAAGGAAGUCGGGGGCUCGGAGAGGAAGAAGGCCAAGCUUCUCUCGUCUGUCUCCAAGAAAGACUUCAUCGAUGUGCUGAGAAGCACAGAGGGAAGCAGCAGAGUCACCACCAAGACUGAACAGGACAUGGUGAAAUAAUGUUUCCCUCUAAAAAGAAAUAAAACACCCACAAAUGUGCAUCUUAUAAAAGAUAUGUUGUGCCUAUUAAAUUGAUAUUGUGGAGUACUAUUUUAAAAACGCGAGGGAAAAGUGUCUCUGGGGGAAAUAAC